AUGUCAAUUUUUCAAGGAUUUCCCGACUUACCUGGUCCUCAUGAAACUGCCUUCUGUAAAAUAAACGAAGUUUAUUGUUGUGGAAACGUGCGUAGUGGCAAUGUGUCCGAUUUUACAAAUUCGAUGAAUAAUCACCCUAAAAUUAACGUUACAAGGGAUUUGCAUCAUCACCGAUUGACGGACGAAAAUAUUUCGAUGUAUAUAAAUGUUGAAGACAAAUUUUUGAGAAAAGUAUCAAGUGUGUGGUAUAAUCAAGGAUUCUUGGAAGCACUAAGCGUCGCAGCGGAUCCUUGUAUCAAUCGAGAGAGCAAAUUACUAGCUAUAGCCGCUACAUAUGCAUUAAAAGUUGCUAACGCUUUUUCUACAUUUAGAUACUUCUUGCAGCCGCAUUUAAAAGACAUAGGCCCAAAAAUAGUGUCUAAAUACUCUAGGACUCGUAAUUGGGGCGGGUCGCCAGUGAAGUGCAUGGCAUGGCAUCCUCACACAACUAAAAUUGCAAUUGCAACUGCCGAUGAUGGUGUUAGAGUGUAUAGUGCGGAUGUUUCAUUUGUCUCCACAUUGAAGUGCAAAUCUCAGGGCCAUGUGUCUUCUCUAAGUUGGAGACCAUAUUCUGCUUCAGAAAUAGCGGUUGGAUGUGAGCAAGGUGUCAUUGUGUGGACAGUCGAUCCCAAUUCCAUGUUCACAAAACCUUCUUCGAGUAAUGCUGUAGUAUUAAAAAGGUCAGGACAUAGCCCAGUAACCGACGUAGACUGGUCACCAGAUGGGGACCUUUUGAUUAGCUGCUGUGGUGCUGAUACUUCGAUGCUUGUGUGGGAUGUUUCCAUGGAGUCAGCAGUUCCUCUACGCAGGGUAGCCGGUGGAGGAAUAGUAUUUGCAAGAUGGGCGCUCAGUUCUAGCAAGAUAUUUGCUGCUACAUCCUCUAUUAUAUUUCGGGUCUGGGACACAAGGACGUGGACUCCAGAGCGAUGGUGUGCGCGAGGUUGCCGCGUCGUCGCUGCUUGUUGGGGUCCUAACGAUGUUGUCCUCUUUGCUGCUAAAGGAGAGCCCAUGGUGUAUUCUUUAAGAAAUACUGGUCUUCUCAAUGGGGCACGAGAUAGCAAAGCGCAACCAGUUUUAGAUGUGACAAAAGUCGAAUUGCCUUCCGGAGAUUGUGUUGGGGGUCCGAUCCUGGACAUGUGUUGGGACCCUUCGGGCAGGUACCUCGCCAUGCUGUUCGAGGAGUCCCACCUUAUUGCUGUAUUUUGUACUACUCAGAUGUUGAUGCAGCUCACUGUUACGCCUUGUUGUUUUAUCAGCGGCGUAGACAGCGAGGUGCCGUCUACUAUAGCAUUCCAGCGAAACUUCACAGAGGGCGCCUGUCUCACCACCGCUUGGUCCAGCGGCAGGGUGCAGCACUUUCCUAUACUUUAUACCGAUACUUAUUGA